AUGUGGCAAACCUCAUUAUUCGUAUUUUUAUGGAGAUUAUUACCGGCUCAAUACAAAAGUAUUAUAAAAUAUAUUAUCCAUUUACUGACCGGAAAAUGUGAACUAGAACGAAUUUGUGAAGAACAAAAAGGAGUAGAUACGAAUUAUGUGGUAACGAAACGGUUUGAGCAAAGUUUAGGAACAUCCAAACAGUUGGCAUCCUUGUUGGAGGAAAAUUCAAAUAAGGAGACAAAUAUAACAUUUUACUAUUUGAGUAGAAAAUUCACAGAUGUCGAUGAGGUUUACGGAAAAAUUAGAAAUAUCAAGGGGAAAAAUAGUUUUACAUCUGAACAUUCCAAGAAGGUUUGCAAAACUUGUCUUAGACACAUGAUCAAUCUCAAUCAAAGUAUCAAUUAUUUGGAUAAUUUGGCACGAACAUCCUUUGAAUUGAGUGACACAACACAUAAGAAUUUAUUAUUGAGCUUGUGGACAACGCUAAAACCAAAUCACACGCUCACAUUUAUGGACGAUAGAGAAGAAUUGACAUCUCCAGAUUGGAAGGAAAUUGGUUUUCAAGGGCUUCACCCAAAAACUGAUUUUAGAGGAAUGGGAAUGCUAGGAUUAGUUAAUUUACACCGAUUUGUGGUGUUAUACACAAGAGAAGCUCGUGAAAUGUUGGAAGACGUAUCAGAUCCAACCAUGUGGUAUCCAUUUGCCAUUUCAGGAAUCAACAUUACUGGAAUUCUUAUCAACAUGAUUAGAUCUCAUGAAAUUGUUGAAGUGUUUUAUGGUUUAAAUUUUGAACAGGACGAACAAACUCAUCAAACAACCACAGAGAAUAUCUUCCAAGGCCUCUACAAUUAUGUUUUCAUCAAUUUUCAUGAAUACUAUGUGAAGAACAAUGGUACUGUGAUGAAAUUCAACAUACUUUUACAAGAGUAUUUAAGGCAACCUUCGGUGCAACAUGCUUUAAAGACUCACACCAUAUCGCCCUACUCGUUGCUCUAA